AUGCAGCCUCUGAAAAAGUUGAUACCCGUCUCAAAGCCUCAAAACCUGCCUUUGCAUAAACAAAGUGAGGUCCGGAAAGCAGAUGUGUCUUGGCAGGAGAAAGCCAUCCCCAAAAUGGAGAUAUAUAACUCUGAGGCCUCUCGUCAAAAGUUCAGACAGUUCCAGUAUUUGGAAGUGGCUGGGCCUUAUGAAUCCCUAAGCCAACUCUGGGAGCUCUGCCGUCAGUGGCUGAGACCAGAGAUUCAUACAAAGAAUCAGAUCCUAGAGUUAUUGGUGCUAGAACAGUUUCUCAAAAUCCUCCCUGAAGAGGUCAGGAUUUGGGUAAAAUUACAACAUCCGAAGAACAUCAAAGAGGUGGUGACCCUCGUGGAGGAUGUGACUGAAAUGCUGAAAGACAAAGAUUUACCCUGUAAGGAUUCUGUCCUUCAGAAGGGGAGCAUAAAGGAGGAGGAAAUGGAAGCUGAUUCAAUAAUAGGCAAAUCCCAGGAACCAGUGACAUUCAAAGAUGUGGUUGUGGAAUUCAGUGAGGAAGAGUGGGGACAACUGGAUCCUGCUGCAAAGAACCUGUACAAGGAUGUGAUGUUGGAGAACUACAGGAACCUGAAUUCAUUACAUAAAGGACAUCUACUUUCCAAACCAGUUGAGAUUUUCAAGUUGGAGAGUAAGCAAAAACCAUAAAUAAUGGAGGACUAUUUUUGGAAAGAACCAGUUUUAGACAGGGAAACUAUUUCAGAAAAUCAAGUUUCAGUUCCAAAGAAGAGGAUUUCUGGAGAAAAAUCAUCCCAUGAAGUGAUGAUGAGAAGUAGACUCUCUUCCUUAGAUGUCUGGAAAGGUGAUGAUUGGUUGUACAGACACCAGGAAAAUCGGGACAUAUAUUUGCCACAAGAAACUUUCAUUCAUAAGGCAAUCCACGCUGAGAAAAGAGAAUAUAAGUGUGCUGAAUAUGAGAAAAGCUUUAAUGUUAAGUCAGUUAGCUCAAUUUGUGAUAUGCAACAGGGAAUUCCUAUGAGAAAGGGAUCCCCAAAGUGUGACAGAUUUAAAACCAACUUCAAACUUAAUUUAUACUCAGUAGAUAAGCAACAUGCAGAAUAUAAUAAAUGGGGGAAAACGCUGAACCAGCAUACAGAUAUUAUUCAACACCAAGAAACUCCUAUCAAAAUGAAUUCCUAUGAAUGUUAUCAAUGUGGGAAAGCCUUCAGCCGAAGUUCAUCCCUUAUUCGACAUCAGAUCAUUCACACAGGAGAAAGACCAUAUAAAUGCAGUGAAUGUGGGAGAUUUUUCAACCGACGUACAAACCUUACUAAACAUCAGAAAAUUCACAGUGACACAAAGAUUGAUAGAAGUAAUAGAUGUGGAAACACCUUCGGUAAUAGUAAAAACUAUAAUAAAAAUCCAAUACUACAUUCUAGAGAUAAUCCCUAUCAAUGUGUUGAGUGUGGAAAAUCCUUCAGUCGGAGCUCCUCCCUUAUUCGACAUCAAAUGAUUCAUACAGGAGAGAAACCAUUCAAAUGUAAGGGAUGUGAAAAAACCUUCAAUAGGAGUUCAAACCUUAUUAAACACCAAAAGCUUCAUACUCGAGAGAAGUAUUGUGAAAGAAAGCAAUGCAAGAGUGCCUCCACUCAGAGUGCAGAACUCAUUCAAAUUCCAUGA